UUGUUUGUUUUUUCUCAAAGUGCUAGGAAUGGAACCCUAAGGCCUUUUGCAUGGAAAGCAAGCACUCUACCUACCACUUAGCUACAUCCCCAGCUCCAGAUGGUAUUUUUAAGCUCUCCUUUUUCUAACCAUCAAUCCAGGGCAAAUACAGAGCUAGGACUCCCAAAGGAAAAUGAAGUAGUUCAUUGUAGAACUAGAUCUUUCUCUCAUUCAUGAAAUAGAGAACAAUACUAAAAGAAGAAACAACAAAGUCUUCUUGAAAUCAGCUUAAAUCUCUCUGCUCUCUGCAAGCACUUAGACAACCUAUGGGAAGAACACCGAGGCAGUGUGGUCCUGUUUGCUUGGAUGCAGUUUCUUAAGGAAGAGACCCUAGCAUACCUAAAUAUUGUGUCUCCUUUUGAGCUCAAGAUGGAUUCUCAGAAAAAAGUGCAGAGAAGGACCACUCAAGCCUCUUCCAACACAGAGCUGGAUUUUGGAGGAGCUGCUGGAUCUGAUGUAGAUCAAGAGGACAUUGUGGAUGAGAGAGCUGUGCAGGAUGUGGAAUCAUUGUCAAGUCUGAUCCAAGAAAUCUUGGACUUUGAUCAAGCUCAGCAGAUGAAAUGCUUUAAUAGUAAAUUGUUCCUGUGCAAUAUCUGUUUCUGUGAGAAACUGGGUAGUGAAUGCAUGUACUUCUUGGAGUGCAGGCAUGUGUAUUGCAAAGCCUGUCUGAAGGACUACUUUGAAAUCCAGAUCAAAGAUGGUCAAGUUCAAUGCCUCAACUGCCCAGAACCAAAGUGUUCUUCUGUGGCCACUCCUGGUCAGGUCAAAGAGCUAGUGGAAGCAGAGUUAUUUGCUCGAUAUGACCGCCUUCUCCUCCAGUCUACCUUGGACCUGAUGGCAGAUGUGGUAUACUGUCCCCGCCCAUGCUGCCAGCUGCCUGUGAUGCAGGAGCCUGGUUGUACCAUGGGCAUCUGCUCCAGCUGCAAUUUUGCUUUCUGUACCUUGUGCAGAUUGACUUACCAUGGGGUCUCUCCAUGUAAGGUGACUGCAGAAAAAUUAAUUGACUUACGAAAUGAGUAUCUGCAAGCAGAUGAAGCCAAUAAAAGAUUUUUGGAACAGAGGUAUGGUAAGAGGGUGAUUCAGAAGGCUCUGGAAGAGAUGGAAAGUAAGGAGUGGCUGGAAAAGAAUUCAAAGAGCUGCCCCUGUUGUGGGACUCCCAUAGAGAAAUUAGAUGGAUGCAACAAGAUGACGUGUACUGGCUGUAUGCAGUAUUUUUGCUGGAUUUGCAUGGGUUCUCUCUCUAGGGCAAACCCUUACAAACAUUUCACUGAUCCAGAUUCCCCAUGUUUUAACAGGUUAUUCCAUGCUGUGGACGUUAAUGGAGAUAUUUGGGAAGAUGAGAUUGAAGACUAGCUAACUUCUGCUCAUGAUAUGGAAGUGGAAUGGUUUGCCCUAAUCUUCUGUCAAGUACACAAAGUAACCUUACAGGACGUUUAGGGUACCAUACAUUCAUUCCUCCUGUGUAGAAGAUAAGGAAGAACAAGGUUUAUAUUUUCAUUUGGUACUACUGAUUAAGGCACAUUCAUACAUUUUUUCAUGUAACAUAAAUUGAUAAAAUAAGCCAAAGGUUCAGAAAGUGAAAACUAUAGGAUAUUAAAUUAUAAUAUGCCCAAAGCGCUGCAUAAUUAAAAAGUAAGUAUUUAUUUUCUUCUCCAAGCUUUAGAUAAGGAGAAGGGUCAAGAGUUAAACUUACAGACCAAUCUCCAAGAAGCAUCCCUCUGAGACAUUCUGUUGGCAUUCUCUCAGUACUAUCCUCACAGUGGGUGUGGGGGAAAGAGUAAUAGCCUUAUUAACAGGUAUUGAGAGCCUGAUCUCAUUCACUUGUUACUCACAUUCCUUCCAACCUCAAUUUCUGCUAAGUUAAUUCUCUUUGGAGGGAGCCUUUUGCUCUAUAACUGGAUGGCCCAGUGUCAUUUUGAUCUAUUGCUUUUCAGAAUAGAAAUUUAAAUUAAUUUUAGAAGUAUUUUUUAAUACCACAAAUGCUGUGUGUCAGUUGGUAUUUAUGAGUGGCAUAUAGUUCGCUCAUUGGUUUUAAGCUAAACCUAGAAUUUCAUGAUACUGGCUCAGAAGAAUUGCAGCCCUGACCCCAGUCAAAACUGUUGUUACCCUUUGUUCCUCAUGUUCUCUGUGUACCCUCCCUGUCUUCAACAGGGUAAGGACAGUUUUAAAGUUAAUUCCAUCAGCACAUGUUUUUAUUUCCUUUGUUGAAAUAGGAGAAAGCCUAAUAUAUUCCCAAACUGAACAAGUUUAAUUAUUUGGUUUUUGAACAAAUAUACAGCAUUGUGGGUCUAGUCCUAACUUUCUGAGUUCUUUUUAAAGGUCUUUUCUAAUGAGCUAUGGGAAUUUGGCUUCUUUUUACUCUUUUUUUGAAACAGCAGUGUUUUGGGUGAUAAUUUUAGCUUGAUACUUAGAUUCCUAUUUCUGGGUUUUCUUGGCUUUUUGGAAAAUUGUCUUUUCUCUUGGUUUAGUAAGUGGCUUGGUAGUCACUUGGUAGACAGUUUUGUAAAAGAGGACAUACGAAUUCAACUGCAGCUUGUGAACACGUUCUUUCUUUUAACCUUGUCAUUGAAAAUUAAGGAAUCACUUUUAACUGUCAGCAAGGACUCUCUGGAUUGUCAAUGAGGAUGCUUAAUCUUAAAAAUAAAAGAAAUUUAAAAAAUCAUAUUAUAAUUAGAACAGAGUUACUGCUGUUUGUUCUGUCACCAGGGCAACUGAUCACAUUUUAAAACUAUAAUUUUUUUUUUUUCUGGUUUUGGUACUGGGGAUAGGGUCCAGGGCUUCAAGCAUGCUUGAGCAUGCUACCACUGAGCUACACUCCUAGUCAUAUAACAUGUUCUUAAAGUGAAAAGAAAAAGAGUUCCAGAAGAGCAUCUUCUCUUUUACCUGCGCUUGUGACUGAGCCUAGGUUUUAGGACUCAUAUUUUGUUUAAACAAGUUAAGUUAAUGGGCUUCUAUUCAGCACAUUUUAUUUUAUUUUGUUGGGACAGGGGUUUUAACUCAAAAGCUUUGUGCUUACAAAGCAGGUGCUCUACUGUUUAAGUCACACCUCUGG